GGCACCUAUAUUAUUACCUUUGUACUGACAUCAGCUCCUGUCUGUCUUUGUUUCUUUCUAUCACUCUCACUCUAGGUGAAAAGCCCUACAGGUGCCCUCACUGUGACUAUGCAGGCACUCAAUCAGCUUCCCUGAAGUACCACCUGGAGCGCCAUCACCGUGAGCGGCAGAACGGAAGUGGGCCCUCGGCCAACCAUCCUCCAUCAUCUGAACACAAGGAUGACCACAACAAGAACAGCGGUGGGACAGGGGUUUUUGCUCGUCCUGAUGUCCUUCGCGGGGUCUUCAAAGGCAUGAUGCCCUCUGGUCUUGACUUCAGAGGAGGUCAAAUGCUUCCACACCAGUGGGCUCCACCAGGAAUGCUCUCACCUAGAGACAGAGAUCGUGAAAGGGAGCGCCAUGGACCGGGGCCAGAGCCCACCACGGAGAACAUGAAGAGUCCCGAGGGACCUGGUUCUGCAGCGGACAGUCCUGCUAGCUUCUCUGACCUCGGUCGGGCCUACCAGAGUAUGGUGGGAAAUGGAGUCAACUUCCAGGGCUCCCUUCAGGCCUUCAUGGACAGCUUUGUGCUCAGCUCUAUGAAGAAGGAGAAGGAAAUGAGAGAGAGUCAGCUGCACGGUCAGCACUUUAGCCAGGAGAAUGCAGAGAUCAAGACCAAAAGAUCCAGCGAGGCCAACCAGGAAGAAAAUCCCACCAGUGACAUUAAACCAGCUGAGGGUGGCCGUUCACAGUAUGAGCCCCUGGAUUUGUCUGUUAGGCCUGAAGCGGGGUCCCUUCCUGGAACCUCUAUCACCAUCCAGGAUAAUGUCGCCUGGCAUGGUUGCCUCUUCUGCUCCUUCACAACUGCCUCUGUAGAGUUGAUGGCCCUCCACCUGCAAGCCAACCACCUGGGUAAAAGCAAAUGUGGCCCAGGCAAAGAUACUAAGGAGCACCUCAUGGGAGAGCCUUCCCAUGUGGGCAAAGCUACUGGCUUGGCUCCUCCACCACCAGGCCUUCUUCAUCACCAUGAGGGAGCCCCGUCCAGGGACAGAGAGACUGAGUCUGGGGAUCCAAAGGGACAAGCAGGCUGGUCCAACCAUCUGGAUCAGCCCCCGCACGGAGCCUCCAUGGGAGCAUUCUCCAGUGACUUCUACAAGCCCUUUGGUCCUGUGUAUGAUGGCUCUGCUAGAGGGCCUGUUGGAUUUCUGGACCAGCAGCAAAUUCAGCCUAACGACAUGGGUGGUCAGGGCCCUUUGGAUGACCUAUCCGACAAGGCUUCCUGCAGUGAGAUAGAGGCAUCUGAGGAACACGGUGGCCAGUCUGAGGAGGAUGAAGUGAGUCGUGACAAAUCCUUACCCAACCCCACUGCGACAGAGAGACACAUGCAUUCAGAUGACGAAGAGGAAGCAGAUGAAGAAGAGGAGAUGGAGAUGGGUGAUGCUGAGGAGGAGGAUCGUAGAUCCAUGCAAAUGCUUCCUGAAUCUCCAUUGUCAGGAAAGGACAUCCAAAGAUGCAAGCUAACUGUAGGCCCUCAAAGCUCAGGGCUUUCUCCUCCUCAAGCUCCCACCCCUGAGAAGCAGUGGCAGCAGCAAGCAGGCCUGGGUCUUCUAUCUUCAAGCGGUGGUCCCCCUGGCCUGGUUAAGCCUGAUCAACCCCACCUCGAUCACCAGAUGAACAUGCUAUCUGUCCUGCGGGCCUACAGUUCAGAGAACCUCGCAGCCUUCAACGGAGGUCUUGGUGGAAGCUCCAACGGAGGAAGCGGUGGCACCAGCAACAUGAAAAGAAACGACCCCUCUGGUCACGGAGGUCAGAGGCCAUUCCAGUGUCGCUACUGCCCCUACAGCGCCUCUCAGAAAGGAAACCUGAAGACCCAUGUGCUGUGCGUUCACCGCAUGCCCUUUGACAACAGCCAGUAUCCCGACCGGCGCUUCAAGCGCUCCCGCAUAGACUCUGACAUCUCCGGGAACUCAGAGGAAGGGAAUCAUCAUCCCUCUGCAGGUCAGUCUAGCACAGCAGAAUGUGUUUCUGGUGAUACUCCUCGCUCUGUUGAGUGAAGGAAAAUGUGAUCCAGGGAUUUUUAGGACCUUCAAGUGACCACAUUGUGAAAGCCUUCCCAGUGCAUCACUCUAAAAGACACAUGAAGCUAGUCAAAAUAAUUCCUCUUUCCCCAAAAAGAAUCAUGCAUUCCAUAAGUUAGGGGUUCACAAACUCCCAUAAUCAAAGCCCUUCAGCUUCAGUAAUGUUCUGUGAAGCACAGGAUAAAGAUGAUGAAGUAGAGAAACCUGAACCCUAUUUCUGAUGAGUCUGAAACUAAAUAUGCAGCUCUUAUAGGAGUUGCCUGGACUGAGCGUUGAAGAGACAUUACUGAAGAGGAAAAAUGACAACGUUUAAAAAAAAGACUGUCAUUAAAUUCCUCCGAGUGACUUUUGUCCCAAAAAUAAUGCUUUUAUCAGAAAAACGAUCCGCGCCAACGAUUUCGCGACAGUUGGAAGGGAAAGAAAGAUUGAGGGAAGCUGUUGAGCGCACCCUUCAAGAACAUGACACCACCAGUGGCCAUUUGCCCAGCGCCACUGACGCGCAGGGAUGGAGCGAGCGGACGGAGGGAUGUGGAUGGUGAAGUGGGGGGGGUUGGGGCGUUUGGUGCCAGCCUGACUGGAGCUGUCAUCACAGAGGAAAUCAAUUCAACCCCCUCCCACGCUGCUUCUAUUCACCCCCACUCUUCCCAUUCCACCUCUCCUCACUCUUUCAGAACACGUCAAGAGAAACCUUAGUCGCCUGUUCAGCCGGGCCGCAGAAGGGUCAGCUUCAGACCUGCCUGACGACUAGUAGCACUUCCCAUCAGCCUCCCUCAUUCCCUCCUGUCCUCAUCUUUCUCCUGUGAAAAAUAAAAUAUGGAAAAAAAAGGUAACAUUGUAUAAUAAUCCAUGGAUUUUUAUUUUUAUUGUUGUGCAGAUUUUAGAAUGUAUAUCACUUAAAGUGAUAUGGCAGACACAUGAAAUGUGUUUUCUUUGCAUUAAGCACUUCUUAAUCAUAAACAAGUAUGUCGUUGUCAUUGAAGAAGGUCCACUUCCCUUCUAACUGGUGGACUUUGAGUAAAUACUGACCACAUGUAACCAAGAGGAUGAAUGUGUUAUUUGUGAAGUGUGAAUAAUACAAAGGAAGCGUAGCACUUCUGUUGGGUUUAUUGACCGCAGUGGGACUUCCUUUUAUACGGUAGAGCUCUUGAGAAAGCCACUGUAGAUAUGAAGUAUAUAGAUAAUCAGUUCUAUGUUUCCUGUGUUUAAUCGAAACUUCAGGCUGGCAUUCGUGAUGUUUGUUUUGUUCGCUCAUUCCCCCCCUCCUAAAAAACCAAACUGUGCAAUUCUGACCGUUUUUCAUUCCUUUUUUUCUACUAAGUUUGAAUCACUCAUCACCAUGACCCAUUUUUGUAUGCAUCUGUUGUCCUGAAUGUUACUCUACUAGAAGAGAUUAACAACACAGGCAGUUUGAAUCCCAUGAAACCAAGCCUCUUAAAGAACAAAAUAAAGUGUAUCAACUUUCA